CUGGUAUUUUUUGUUUUGCCCCCCCACAUUGUUUUUAGAAGAACACGGAGGGAUAGCAAAAGAAUAUCAAGUGGCAAGUGAAUCUCGUCAAUUGAAUCGCUGGAUGGAUUUCGCAUAUUCGGACCAAGGGUUUUUGCUAUAAGAACAGGAGGUCGCUUGUUUGACUCGCUACUCGUUAAAUCGAUCGCCCGUCCCAUGAAGUCAUCGUGGAUCAACGAGUCGCUACUUCUUGUUGCACCUGCAGCAGCAGCAACAACGGAAGGCGAAAGCAGUAAACAAGAUGUGACCAACAAAAGUCUGAACGGCAAAGAUUUGAAUAAUGUGACGGACGCUAUUAGCGACGACGUCCAACUGGCGGCACGUGUGGCGAUGGGCAUUGGCCUCUACAUGUUGGCAAUGGUGACUUGCGUCGGAAAUGGUAUGGUCAUCCACGCCAUCCGCACAGAGAAACGGCUCAGAAAAGUAUCAAAUUUGUUCAUCAUGAGCCUGGCCGUUGCUGAUUUGGUGGUAGGAGUUUUCGUGAUGCCUAUCAGUGCCAUCUACGUCUUAACAGAUCGGUGGUACUUUGGCGCCUGGAUGUGCGAUGCGUGGCUGUCAAUCGACUAUUGCGCCAGCACAGCUUCCAUCUUUAACCUGUUUGUGCUCAGUCUGGAUCGUUACUGGUCAAUUACAUCGCCGCUCAAAUACCUCAGAAGGCGGACAAAGAAACGCGCCUUCCUCAUGAUUGCCGCCGCAUGGACUCUCAGCCUACUAUGGAUUCUGCCCGUCACUGGAUGGUCCAGCAUGACGGACGGAAUCAAGCUCAACUCAUCGCCAGACUCUUGCGACACGGAAUUUGCCGAUAACAUCACCUUCAAAGUGACUGCUGCGGUAGCCAAUUUCUAUGUUCCAACGCUAUCGAUGCUGUACAUUUAUGGCCGAAUCUUCCGCACCAUCCGCCAGCGCAGUCGUAACGAUUUGGGUGAAGUGACAGUUUCAACUGCUCGGAGACGGCCUCAUCAAGCCCCAGCAAUCGUUUCGGACCACGGCGACUCGACAAGCCUCCAGGCCAUGGAGACGGAAGACGAUGUAGUCGAGGAUCAGCCCAAUAUGAGAGCACUGGAGAGGGGCCUUUCUACAAUGGCCCGAAGCUGGAACCAUUUCAGCGGGAAAUUUAGAUGGUACAGUCACAGGACUUCGCCUGGAGCUCUACAACCAGCUGGUUCAUCUCGUAGACUCCGUGCCGACCGUUCAAUAUUAGAUUUUUACGAAAGUUUGACAUUAAUGGAACUGCACGGAAGUGACGGGGGAUUGGACAGUGCGAAGCAGAGUACGACUCAUUACAUCGACGUGCAAGUCAAGGUUGAGUAUGUGGACGACGUCGUAGAUCGUCGAUCUAGUAGACAUCGAUUAGACAGCGAAAAAGUUAGCAACAGACGACAACAACAACAAGUUUGCAGACAGUCUACAAAGUCCAACAACCAUCAGGGUGGAAUCGCAGCUACAGCCAUUCCAUCUGUGCUGAUUUCGCAAAAAGAAAGAAAAGCUGCUCGCCAACUGGGCGUCAUUGUGUGCGCCUUCAUGGUUUGCUGGCUGCCUUACUUUAUAGUGUUCCUCGUCGUGGCCGUUUGCCCGGACUGCAUCGGCGACACGCUAUUCAAAAUCACUCUCUGGCUAGGCUACAUCAAUUCUACCCUCAAUCCGGUCCUUUAUCCGCUUUGCAACGCCAAUUUCCGACGAGCGUUUGCAAAAAUGUUGAACAAGACUUGCACAUGCUGCCGCAAUUCGUCCUUCCAGCGAAGUCAAACCUAUCCGCUGCCCGUUCCACCUCUUCCGCAGAGUCAGCAAUCGCGAUUCUGAUCAUCUGUCUGUGCAACUAUGUCAAAAUUUCAAAAGAAUGUCUAUUUACCUAAAAAAUUGACUUUACGAAGCAUGCGCAAGCAAGAGAACAUUCUCAGGAGAAAUGUCCGGCUCGACGUAGUACAAAAGCUUGGCCUGAAGUGGCCACGAAGACAGAAAUUCGACUCGGCCACGGUCAAUGAUUUGUUUGCACUGACGUCCGAUAUUUUCCCUGCGUUCGAUAUCCAAACCCAUGGCUGCGUAUCUUCCGGGUAAAAUGCUGGUUUUGACUUCGUUAUCUUGAACAGCCUCACUGUGUUCUUUUGCCUGACGUGAUCCACAUACUGCCCAGCUCGUCAUGGCUCUCAAGAUAGCAAAAUCCGUCUGGCUCAGAUUUAAUUCCUUUGAACAUUAAUUAAACAGUUAGUAAGACAAUACUGUGCAAUUAUAAAGAACAACUACCUUGAAGAAUGCUUUCCCGACGUAGUGUCGCCAGGUGCACUGAUGAUGGCAGCAAAGAGCUAUGCAAACUCCCUGUACCAAUCCAUUCGGAUUAUUGGCUCUAUAGAGGCAAUUUAACGCUAAAUCUAAAUAAAAAGGACUUUAAGUUAAUAGGCUGUUCUCGAUUGCAAACUCAGCACGAAUUGUAAACAUACCUGUCGCUGCUCCACACAAGUGUUUGCCGAUUCCGACAAGUCUUCUUGUGUCGUUGCGAACGAGCGGUACCUGUCCCAAAUCCACGUCAGCAAUGUCUGCUCGCACUCGGUGGAUGGAAGCAUGGCUUUCACCGUCCACCUUGUACCGGUUGUCGUGCUUGUGCCUGGGUGAAGACUUGUCGAUCAUCAGCAAAGCAUCCGUUUCCAGGUCAACGGCCUGACCUACCGCGUAACUCAACUGCCCUGAACGUACAAAGUAGCGAAAUUGUGGAAACGAGAAAUUGUUGUGCUCUAAAUACUGUAAUAAAUUACCUCUGCCUGAGCCAAAUUCGACAUAUGUGCUUCUCGUUUCCCCAGACGUCAAAACACCAACUUCGGCCAUAUUGUAAAGGAUGGAAGAGCUUUGGAAGACGUGACGCCAACUUCCUCGACUCUCCGUCAGCGAAGCAAGUGUAGUUUCUAGCACUGGAUGACGCCCAACAGACACUGGCAGUUCUCCAACAUAUUCUAAAAGCAUCAAUGGAUGCGUAAAUGGAUUACACUUGUUGAGGAAAUCUGUUUUAGUAGGUAGCAAAUUACAAUUCUGACACCCACCUGAAUGGAUCUUGGAAACCCUGGCAAUGAUGGCUAGUAGUUCUUCGUCUGACAAAGUUCCAAGGUUGACUUUGAUCUCCUCAUUGUUGUCAAUGACAUUAAUGUUUUCCUUUAUGUAUUCCGGCAGCGGUUUGGGUUUCGAGUUACACUUCUCCAUGUGCUUCGCCAAUUGUGAUACAAAACAUGAACUGAAAACAUAAUGUUUGGUUAUUAUUCCUUUCCACGAAAUCAAGACUACUUGUAACAUGCCCUUUAAUGUACAACAAACCAUUUCUCCAUACAAAAAUGUUAAAAUCA